GAGAUGAGAAACACGGUUGCAAGCUGUCCCUGAGUCGCUGUUUCUCAGACGAGCGGUGGUCACGCAAUCGGUGCAUCACAUCAAUGGACUGGUCACCACAACAUCCGGAACUGCUGUUGGCCAGUUACCAUACCAAUGCAGAGUCUCCCCAUGAUCCUGACGGCGUAUGUCUCGUCUGGAACACCAAAUUCAGGAAAACUACUCCAGAGUUUAUCUUCCAUUGUCAGUCAGCUGUAAUGUCUGCAACAUUCGCUAGGUUCCACCCCAACCUAAUUCUGGGGGGCACAUUCUCCGGCCAAGUGGUUCUGUGGGAUAAUAGGGUGCAGAAGAGGACACCCAUCCAGCGCACCCCACUUUCAGCUACUGCACACACCCAUCCAGUUUACUGCCUGAGUGUAGUCGGCACACAGAAUGCCCACAACCUCAUCUCGGUAUCCACAGAUGGCCGGUUGUGCUCAUGGUCCCUGGACAUGCUCUCACAGCCGCAGGAGAUACUGGAGCUGCAGCAUCGACAGAGCAAGGCCAUUGCUGCCAUGUGUCUGGCGUUCCCACAUAAUGACGUCAACAACUUUGUUGUUGGCAGUGAAGAGGGUGCUGUCUACUCAGCGUGUCGGCACGGCAGCAAGGCAGGAGUGACAGAGACAUAUGAGGGACAUCAGGCUCCAGUUACAGGAAUAGACACUCAUAAGGUCCAGGAGGGCAUCGACCUCUCCCACCUCUUCCUGACCUCCUCAUUCGACUGGACUAUUAAAUUGUGGAACCUCAAGGAGAACAAGCCGUUAUACUCGUUCGAGGACAAUGGUGACUAUGUUUGCGAUGUGGCCUGGUCGCCCACACACCCGGCAUUGUUUGCGGCAGUGGAUGCUACAGGUCGUCUGGACCUAUGGAACCUCAAUAAUGACACUGAGGUGCCCACAGCCACUGCCAUCGUGGAGGGUAGUCGAGCGCUCAAUCAGGUGUCUUGGACUCCUAGCGGAAACCAAGUGACCUGUGGUGAUGACAUUGGUCGCAUCUGGCUUUACGAUGUCGGGGAGCAACUCUGUCAGCCGAGGAUGGAUGACUGGAACAAGAUGCUUGUAACUCUGCAAGAACUGAAGAACAAUCAGGCGGACGAGGAAAUGGACAAGUUGACCUUGUCUUCUUCAGGACCCAACAGCCUGGCUUCCAUUGUGUCUAGAUAGACUUGCAGAUGAUUUUUGUUGUGCAGUUAACAUGAAAGAAGAAGAAGUAAGCUGUAAAUAUAAGAAAAUUACAGUGUAACAAAAUAAAGUAUAUGCCUCCUUUAUUUAGCUUUUAUGUAAACUUAAUUGUAUAAUGAUCUUUUUUGUUAUUUU